AUGAGCAAGAAGGCCCAGGACCCCCCCAUCAAGAAGAAUGCCUUUGUGCACAAGCUCUACACCAUGUUGAACGACCCCAAGUUGUCCCAUUUGAUAUGGUGGACCACCAACAAUCCCGAAAACAACACGUUUGCAUUGUAUCCCGGUAAGGAGUUUGCCAAUGCGUUGACAGGAUACUUCAAGCACGGCAACGUCGCCUCGUUUGUGCGUCAGCUCCACAUGUACGGGUUCCACAAAGUUAGCGAGCCCAACCAGACAGCAGCCAGUGGCGGCUUUAGCGACAAGGAGCUGGCGCCCGUGUGGGAGUUCAAGCACCUGAGCGGCAAGUUCAAGAAGGACGACGAGAGCUCGUUGAUCUACAUCAAGCGACGUUCCAGUUCGAACAGUCUGCGUAGCUGCUACAGCAACGAGCAGACCACCACGUUGCCCAACCAGGCGCCCAGCGAGUAUCUCGUGGGGGCCACCAGUCUGCCAUCGCCCAGUCCGUACGAGGGAGGUACUCCCGGCGAGUCCAAAGUGCCUCCACACAUCGAGCCCUCCCACCGCGCCGCCACCCCUCAGUCGGCCGUCCAUCCCCAGCACUACACCCCCAACUUGCAGUUCCGCAAGAUCUGGGAAAGCUCCAAGCCCACCGAGUCGGCCCGCCCUCGAAACCCAUCGUUAUUCGAUCCGUUGGCCCCUGCGCCACCUACAGGUGUCUCCAAGUCUUUAACAGUGUCUACAGGCCCCGUCCAUCCAGCAUCCCCGUUUCCCGAGCGCGAUUUGGGAGACCCUUCCCCCGACACUAAGGUGGGGGUCAAGUUGCCCCCACCCUCCUCCAUCCACAGCACCUCCUCCACGCUCGCAAGCCCCCACUCACCCGAGCCCUCCUCCAUUCCUUUACCACGAAGUCUUCCCUCGCUCGAUGCGGCUACAAACCCCUCCAGCUCCAUCCCCGGCUCGCCUCUCGUGUCUUCUGCCGCCAAGAAGCCCUCAUUGGUGCCCAUCAACAGCUCGCUUCACGAGCGGCUCAGACCGUCCUUGCUUGAGUUGCACUUUGGCUCCGGUUCCGGUUCCGGUUCCGGCUCCGGCUCAGCAGCAGGCUCAGGAGCCUCCAAGCCCAACGGGUCGUUGCCCAAGCCGCAGAACGACUCCAUCGGCUCUCAAUCAUCCCACAACUCGAUUUUCUCGGCCAAAUCGUCGUUAUCGUCGAUUUCGUCCUUCAAGAGAACUUCCUCGUUUGGGUCCAUUUCCCAGCAUACUGCGGUGAUAGAGAACAAGAACUCGUUCUCCAUCAGUCCCCACGACCCCAUCCCCCCUCCUAACGAGUUGGCACAGCCCCAGGCUACUAGAUGGGCUUCUACGGACGGAGGAGCUUCCAGCACCCAUCCGUACUACUCUGCGCAGCAGUUCCAGGCACCAAAAUCAUCAUCCCCCGUGUCGAUGAGUACCAACAGAAGCAGAAUGUUCCGGAGCCUCACACCGCCUCCUAACGCAUCCAAAAAUGCCAAAUUUAGCCAGUUGAAAUCGCCCAUUCCACGGUCGUCCAGCUCGCUUCCGUCAUUUGCCCAUAGUGCGCAAGGACUCAGCCAUUUGCGCUCGCUAACAAACUCGCCGCUAGCUAAGGUGCCUGCCAUUGGCGAGGAGCACAGGCUGGUGGUGAACAAAAAGGUGUCCGUGACGUCGUUGUUGGACGACAGCACUGGCGAGACUAAGAGCUCUGGCGUGGUCCAGUCGACCAUCGACGAGAACGAGCACGACAGGUCCCAGAAGCCGGUGAGCGACGGAGAGAACAAACGGAGGAGAUUGAGCUAG